UAAACAACCCAGUAGCCAAACGGAGUAGCAAAGUAGUUCCUAUUGUCAGCCGGCAGGUGUCAGUACUGCAAUUGAAAGGAUACUAGUUGCCACAUUAACUUCCAACGAAGAAGAAAGCGGAAAACGGUCGCUACGGAAAGAAAAUGUCUUUGACGAGCUUUUUACCGGCGCCCACCCAGCUGUCACAAGACCAACUGGAAGCAGAGGACAGACUUCGUGCCCAGAAGUCGUUCUCAACUGCCUUGGUUGCUUCCCGAAGAGAACCACCACCUUAUGGACAUAGAAAUGGAUGGGUGCCUCGCGUUGUCGAGGACUUUGGAGAUGGGGGAGCUUUCCCAGAGAUCCACGUGGCACAGUUUCCUCUGGAGAUGGGUCGGCAACAGAAAACCUCCAAUGCAUUGACAAUGCAGGUGGAUGCGGAGGGAAAAGUAAAAUAUGAUGCCAUUGCAAGACAGGGACAAAGCAAGGAAAAGGUGAUCUUCAGUAAGUAUACAGAUCUACUUCCCAAAGAGGUUAUGAAUGAAGAUACCCCAGGACUACAGAAGCCUGAUGAGGAAGCUGUUCAAGAGCUGACUGAGAAGACCCGUGCUGCCCUCAGCAAGCAGGUAUCACAAAAGAUUGCUGCCGCCAUGCCUGUGCGAGCAGCAGACAAACAGGCACCAGCACAGUACAUCAGGUACACCCCGUCCCAGCAGGGAGUGGCUUUUAAUUCUGGAGCCAAACAAAGAGUCAUCCGCAUGGUGGAAAUGCAGAAAGACCCCAUGGAACCGCCACGUUUUAAGAUCAACAAGAAGAUCCCCCGUGGACCUCCGUCUCCACCGGCACCGGUCAUGCACUCUCCAAGCAGAAAGAUGACAGUGAAGGAACAGCAGGAGUGGAAGAUUCCUCCGUGCAUCUCCAACUGGAAGAACGCCAAGGGUUACACCAUUCCUCUCGACAAGCGCCUGGCGGCUGAUGGCAGAGGGCUGCAAACGGUUCACAUCAAUGAAAACUUUGCCAAGCUGGCUGAGGCGCUCUACAUCGCUGAUAGAAAAGCCAGAGAGGCGGUGGAGAUGAGAGCCCAGGUAGAAAAGAAGAUGGCCCAGAAGGAGAAAGAAAAGAAAGAGGAGAAACUCAGGGAGCUCGCCCAAAUGGCCCGAGAUCGCAGAGCGGGAAUUAAAAGUCACGGGGACAAAGGUGGCGAGGAUGGAGAGGCAAGGGAGCGUGACGAGAUCCGCCACGACAGAAGGAAGGAGAGACAACAUGACAGAAACAUCUCCAGGGCAGCUCCUGACAAGAGAUCCAAACUGCAGAGGGACCAGGACCGAGACAUUAGUGAGCUCAUCGCUCUGGGUGUGCCCAACCCUCGCACCACCAGCGAGGCCCAGUAUGACCAACGACUUUUCAACCAGAGUAAAGGAAUGGACAGCGGCUUUGCCGGCGGCGAGGACGAGACGUACAACGUGUAUGACCAGCCUUUCCGCGGUGGCCGAGACAUGGCCACCAACAUCUACCGACCCAGCAAAGCCAUCGACAAGGACGCCUAUGCUGAUGACUUUGACACACUCAUGCAAAACAACAGGUUUGUUCCCGACAAGGAGUUCUCGGGGGCUGAUCAUGGGCAGAGGCGCGAGGGGCCCGUCCAGUUUGAGGAGGACCCCUUCGGUCUGGACAAAUUCUUGGAGGAAGCCAAGCAGCACGGCGGCUCUAAGAGAGCGUCCAACAGCAGCCGCUCCAAGGACGACUACCACGACAAAAAGCGUAGAAAGGAUUGAGGCCUCACGGUCAUGCGCGAGAGAAGGGAUGUUUGUUGUCUACACACUCACUCAGAGGGAGUUGUCUUUUUUUUUUUUUUGCAGCCUGUGUCAAAAAUCACACUUUUACUCCUCUUUUUUUAUGUACA